UACAGCGGGUGCUGGACUUGCCGCCUUCGUCAUGUCCGGUGCAAUGAGGCCAGUCCCACCUGUCUACGAUGCCAGCAGGCAGGUAUCGAGUGCAUGGGCUACUCGGUCGAGCUCUACUGGGUUGUGAAAGAUCUUGACUCUCGUUCCCCCGGUAGA